AAGUACUCUUCCUUUCACCAUAGACAACGUGCAUCGACUUAUUUCAGAAACACGAUUUUGUAUUCGAGAGAAGAAAGAAGCAUGCAGCCUUGUCACGCUGUUGGUGUCUGGACUUUAAUGAUCUUUGUCUGUGGAGUCACUGGGGCAAGACUGACCACAUCACCAGCACAAAUAGCCAUUGGAGGAAGCAGCCCAACAUCUCAGUUGACUGUGGGAUGUACACCAGAUACACCUGGUAUAACACAAGUGUUUUCCAUAGAGAUUGGCAAGAAAUCAUCAAAUGGUUCUAAUCAGCCCAUAAUACGCAUGACGAACAUAGAUACGUCAGUACAAGUAGUGGACACAAGUCUACAACAGCGGAUGACAGUCUCGGGUUCUAUCAGUGGAGCAACAGGCAAUAUACAGUUAACCCUGACAGAUCUGAGAUGUGCUGAUGCUGCUUCUACAUACUACUGCGAAACGUUAUACUUGACGGGGUCAGCUGGAACUGAUGAGGCCACAGCCAACAUCACAGCUAGAACCUACCCAGAGCAGAUAGAGAUGUACUCAACUCCCGACAGGGCCGAGUAUGACAAUGGUCAGCUCAUCUCAAUCAGAUGUACAGGACGGAUCGGGAACCAGUUUGAUGAGAACAACCUCCAGAACCUGUGGACAUGGGAGAGGCUAUCUACAGACAACGAGUCCACCUCCUGGACACGAUACCCCAACAGCUCAAACAUUACCUAUGAUACCCCUGCUCCUGUAUCUGGGUCAGGGGAUUGUCAGUAUACAGGGGAGACAACUCUGGUUCACACAGUCUCGGACGAUGACAAUGGAAUACAGUUCAGGUGUUCUGUCAUUGCCACAGACUACAGUGCUAACAAGACGGUCUUUGUUCGUGGACCACCAACAACUACAACCACAAUGCAAUCUAGUACAGAUUCCACUACAGUGACAGAUGAGAAGGACACAACAACAAUCGCAAAUACAUCUUCCACGGGAGUGACAGUUGAGAAGAACACAGCAACCAUCGCAAGUGUGUCUCUCCUUCUGUCCAUCUGUUUUCGCUAAGACGAACUAAUUCCGAAAUCUUUGUCAUUUAGAAGGACAUCAGAUGAAUGCAUCUGAUUUUCAUGUAACAGAACAUUUUUAUAGCAACUAUUUAUUAGAAGAGAAAUUGACACUGCUGUUAGUUUGAAAAUUUGAUGGAGGACUCAUUAUUUGUUCCACAUAACUCCGUGAAAUAGAAAAUUUCCAAUGAUGUAUAUUUUGUCAGAUUAGGAACAGAAAAUUUCCCAUGAUGUAUAUUUUGUCAGUUUAGCAACUUUUCGAUUUUAUGGAAUUUAUGUAACUGUAGUUACUUUAUAUUCUUUGUAUUUGGAGAAUCGACGUCACAUAUUCACAAACUACUAGGGG